UCCCCCACUUUGUUCUUUAGUGGUGGUAGUAGUAUGGGUGCAUCCCAAAUAAUCACGUACUACUUAUACACGCGUGCUAUUUUAAGUGGUAGCGGCUCCGGAUGCACGCGCACUACGUAGUGCACUUUGUACCCGAUAGAGCGCGGUUUGGCACACAGCCCAUGUUUACUUCAAGAUGACGGAGCAGAGCGCUUCGCCGGAGGAGCCGUGGCAGAAAACAGACGGCGCUUUCAGCGACAGUUUUGACCACAAUUUCUUCGCAGAAAGUGCCCGUAAAGGAUCGGUGGUCUCCAGAGCCAACAGUAUCGGGUCCACUAGCGCCUCCUCUGUACCAAACACGGAUGAUGAAGACAGCGACUACAAACACGACACCAAGGACUCGUAUAAAGACCGCAGAAGACAAGCGCACACGCAGGCCGAGCAGAAACGACGAGACGCCAUUAAGAAAGGCUACGAUGACCUGCAGUCCAUCGUACCCACCUGCCAGCAGCAGUCCGAAUUCGCCAUGGCCGCGCAGAAAAUCAGCAAAGCCACGGUGCUGCAGAAAACCAUAGACUACAUUCAGUUUCUUCAUAAAGAGAAGAAGAAGCAAGAAGAGGAAGUGUCCAUGCUGAGGAAGGAAGUGAUGGCGCUGAAGAUUAUGAAAACGAACUACGAGCAGAUCGUGAAGGCUCACCAGAACAACCCUCAGCAGGGCAGCGAGCAGGUUUCCGAUCAGGUGAAGUUCAGCGUGUUUCAGAGCAUCAUGGAUUCCCUAUUCCAGUCGUUCAUCACCUCAGUGUCCGUCAGCAGCUUCCAGGAGCUCUCGGCCUGCGUUUUCAGCUGGAUCGAGGAGCACUGCAAACCGCAGACGCUGAGGGAGUUUGUGGUGGGUGUCCUGAGGCAGCUGAAUGGCCAGCUUUAUUAACGGGCUGGACAGAUCUCUCACACUCAGGAUGUGGAGUUCAUCAAGACUUCAGGUUGCUGUACUUUUACCAACUCAACCAAAGGCACAGAUUAUUAUUAUUGUUAUUAUUAUUAUUAUUACAGGGCCACAAGUGCCUGUCACGCAAUGCAACACGUAAUGCACCGUGAGCCGCUUGCUUAUCGUCAGUGUGAGUGGUUAAGUGUUCGCUCAAGAGAUAAGUCAAAGGGGUUCGGAAUAUAAUUCUUGAAAUAUAGACAAUAUAGAGUUUAAUAAGCUUGUUUCUUAUUAAAGGUUACUUUGUGCGACAAAAAUACAAGUGCACGGACUGGGGGUGUGUUCCAGGUUCAGGCUUAAGGUUCAAUCACAUCCAAAUCCUGGUGUUACUAAAGCACAACCCACUCUUUGCUCAGAACUCAGUACUUCAGGCUCACUGGCCCACUACUGACUUAGAAAGCAUACAAGUCUUACCUCUUAUUUGUCUGACAGUGUUGUAGAACUAUGCUGAUUAACCCCGUAUCACCAUAUCCUCCAGAUGAUGACAUCUCGGGGUGAUACCGAUCUAAUCGCACAUCUGGGACACAUACAAGCAUUAUGAAUGUAAGUUCCAGAACCGUAGUUAAAGGGAUCGCUGGAACAGUUCCAAAUGGUAGCACCAGAACCCUAGCAAAAGGGCUCACUGGAACAGCUCCAAACGGUAGCACUGUACCCUUCUAAAAUGGAUCUCUGGAACAGUCCCAGAUGUGAGCUCCAGGUCUCUUAAUAGUGGGAUCUCUGAAACGGCCCCAGAUGUGAGCCUUGGGGCCGUAAAAAAUGUGAAAUCUCUGGAACAGUCCUAAGUGGUAGCCCCAGAACCCUAGCGAACGUAUAAAAUAUUCCUGUGAUGCUUCUGGUUUAUCAAACCAAACUUUUGACCUAUCAGCACCAAGCCUUAGUUAUUACAUGAAAGUGAAAUGCAGUUUUUAAAACAAUGUGCUUUUUGUUAUGUCUAGUGAUAGUAAACUCCACCCAAAGUGGACUCUUAAAGAGGAACUAAAAAAAAAGAUCUACAACCCAGAAAUUCCUUCAGAGGACAGUUCUUUAAGUUGCUGAGAAAUUGAAUAAAUUCACAGCCAAAUCUCACUAAAUGCAGUAUGUGUAUAUAAGAGCAGUGCUGUUUAAACAGCAUUAGCAUAUUUUAGCGGUGUCGAUCUCGAUGUGCAGGACGGAACGAGGAAUUGCUGAUCACGCCCACGCCACGUGACUCAGUACUGCUCGCCCAACACACCCCAGGUCCUCGUGCUGUUUAUCAGCAGAUCUAUAAACCAAUGCAAUAACGUCAGUGUUUAUUAUGCAUGUAAAGUGUGUGUGUGCGCUCGCUCUCUCGCUUACCUCCGAAUCGGAUUCUCUUUAUUACUCAGACCAGUUUACGGGUUUGAUCUCGAGAAUGUGACCUACGUCGAGCGGAUCGUUUGCGUGUUUGUUUGUUUUUUUUGUCCGUUACCUCGUAGCCAGAUCCCAAAGCACAACUUUCAUUUUUAAAAACGUAGCUAAUCGCAAAAUCGUACUAAUCCCAGAUUUUUGUUGUUAAAAAAAAAAAAAAAAAAAAGCACCGUGACUGUAAACUGUGAGGAAAAAAAAAACAAGCACAUUGAUUACUACUAUUUCAGGUGCCUUGAUUAUACCAUUACAUCUACGAGAGAGGAAAAAAAAAAAAGCAACAAAACCACUCAAUUUUUUUGUUUUGUUUAGUCAUCCAAAAAGUUUUGCUAAUCCAAUGUCAAGAGCUAGAAAAAUAAUUUUGGAAAAAAAAUAAAAAGGAAGGGUUGUGGAAUGGUACAAUACAAGCCAAUCAGGUUUUAGUAUGCAAUUCAAGUUACACAGGACAAUUUUACUAGCAGUAGGGGUGGGAUUGCAAUCUUGGGGGUGUGUCUAAUUUGCAUAUGUAUAGCGUUUUUUUUUUUUUUUUUCCCUAGAUCCGAGUUUUAGGCUGAAAAUGUGUGUUUCAAGUACAAAGAUUUUUUUUUUGCAUACAAGCCCAGUCCGGACUCAACACCGAAUGCUGUAUCUGAAUAAAAAGAUGAAAAUAAAAUGAGGAAACAUUCUCAGGAAAAAAAAAUAAUAAUAAUUACUCCGUACAUUCAGGACUCAUGUUUUAAAAUCAGUGCUGGGAGAAAAGGGACUCCGUCUUUAGCCAUAUUGUGGAUCGCAGCUCGACGCACUCGCUCUGUGCUUACGAUCUCAACCAUAGAUUAUUCUCGCUUGGAAUAUUUUUGUACCAAUGCUCUUUGUAUUCUGGGGGGAAAAAAAUAAACGUUUUAAUGUUGAAAAUUA